AUGGACUACGUAAAGAAAGCGAUAUGGGGUCCAGACCCCAAGGAGCAGGUACGGAAGUGCCAGCAGCUGGUAAGAAAGAAUAAACGUCAGUUGGACAGAUAUAUCAAUGACUUGAGGAUGGUGCAGAAGAAAACCCAGUCGAUGAUUAAAAAGGCCGCUAAAUCUGGAGACAAAAAUGCCGUUAGACUGUAUGCCAGAGAGUUGGUUAACAUUAAUAAACAGAGUGAUAGGUUACACGUUAAUAGAGCCACGAUAGAUAGUAUUGGAAUGAAGCUGCAGGAACAACAACAAAUGCUCAAAAUCCAAGGAAGUUUAUCCAAAAGUACCGAAAUUAUGAGGGAGGUGAACUCUUUGGUAAGCUUGCCACAGCUGAGAAACUCUGCUCAAGAGUUAGAAAGAGAACUGAUGAAGAGUGGUAUCAUAAACGAAAUGGUGGAUGACCUGGUGGAUGAAGUCGAUGAGGACGAGGAACUCAUGGAAGAGGAAGAAGUGCAGGCGAUCAAUGAGAUUAUCGAGCAGUACACUAGUGAUGCUGUCGGUAAGCUACCAGAGACUGGUGGAACUCCAAUCGAAGUUGCGUCCCCCAAAGUUCCUGAGAAGGAGGAAGAGGAAGUCUCAGAAGAUAACGAGGAGGUGCUCAAUGCUAUGAGGGAAAGACUGAAAGCUUUACAGGAUUAG